AUGGACCGAUCUAACAAGCCUGCUGCCAUUGGGGUGGGUGCUUCACUCCCCCAGCCUUCAUUGUCCAUCAAGGACAAUGUCAUCGAAGCUUCAUUGCCUACCGGUCAAUCCGUCCAAGUCCACCUCUAUGGCGCCACCGUGACCUCGUGGAAGGCCAACGGCAAGGAGCAGCUGUUCGUUAGCGAGAAAGCUCAUCUGGACGGCUCCAAGCCUAUCCGCGGUGGUAUUCCGCUUGUCUUCCCGGUUUUCGGACCCCCGCCCCAGAACCACGCUACCUCCUCACUACCACAACAUGGCUUCGCGCGCAACUCCAACUGGGAGUUCCUGGGCAAGUCCUCUUCCGAUGCGCCCGGGAAGGAUAGCAAGGCCGAUCUCACCGUGAAGCUUGACUUUGGGCUGUCUCACUCCAUGCUGACCGAUGAGUUCCGUGAGACAUGGCCGUACGAGUUUGGACUGGUGUACAGUGUUACACUCACGAAGGAUACAUUGGAGACUUCUCUGCAGGUGCGCAAUGAGGGCAAGCAGAACUUCGAGUUCCAGGUUCUGAUGCACACGUACUUGAACAUUGCGGAUAUCUCCGAUGUCCGUGUCAAGGGUCUUGAAUCGAAGACCUACCUUGACAAGACUCUCCAGGGAACUUCCCACGUCGAAACAUCUGCAGCACUCCCCAUUACCCAGGAGACCGACCGCGUGUACCAAAAUCUUGACCCCGCCGUUCCAAUUGAGGUCGCCUCGGCAAAGGAUAACCAGCCUUUGUUCUCGAUUACACGAGAGGCCUUGGGUGAUGUUGUCGUUUGGAACCCCUGGAUCGAGAAGGCCAAGGGCAUGGCCGAUUUCGGCCCAGACGAGGCUUAUAAAAACAUGAUCUGUGUGGAGGCUGGCUCCGUGUCUAGCUGGCAGACCCUCGAGGCUGGGGAGGCUUGGGAGGGUGGCCAGAGCAUCAAGUCUCGGCUGUGA